AGCACCACUGAUCUGCACAGACCCCCUUUGCCUGCUGCUGCCCCACACUGAACAGGUCAGUGAAAUGUUUUCCUCCCUCCCUCCCCCACCUUCCUCUCCUCCAGCAGCUGCUCUGUUCCUGCCACCCUAUUCCAUUGACUGCAGUGCACUCCCCAGAUCCUCCCUCCACUGCCCAGCAUUUCAUGCUGAACUCACAAAUUCUCCUAUUUCCCUAUCCCUAUACCAUAAUUUUCACCAUCCUCUCCCCUGCACUUCUCCCCACUUAAUCCUUCCCACCACAGGGAGCUGCUGAGGAGCCUCAUGGUCCAUCCCUGGAUUCUCCAACCACUGACACUCAUCCACAGAUUCCCAUCCACUCUGACCACAGCCAGGGGCCACAUCCCACUGCUUGCCCAGAGUCCAUCCAUGGAGGUCACCACCAUGUCCCCAUCUCCUGCCUCACCCACCGAAGGGAACAAUCUCUGUGAGAUAGAUGUCACCAACGUGGCCAUACACAGUGUGACACUGCUCAUCUGCCUCUGUGGGCUGGCUGGGAACGGGGCUGUCCUCUCUCUAUUCAGCACCAGCAGAUGCACCAACUUGCUGGCCGAUCUGACUGCUGCCCACUUGCUCUUCCUCCUCUUCACAGUCCCCUCCACCCUGCCCUACCUGGUGAAUGAUGUGUUCUGCUCCACUUUGGUGCCCCCCAUGUACUUGAACUUGCUUUUCCAGCUGUCACUGUUCUCCUGCCAGUCAGAGCUCUUCUGCCGGGUGUUCAUCAGUAUUGAAAGGUAUCAAGAGUCCAUCGACCUCAGACUCUGGUGCCCCUUCCACCAAUACCAGCACCAACUGAGGGUGAUAAUAAGACCCCUGCUCUGGGCCUUGUUCUAUGUUGUCAUUGCUGUCAUUCUAAUGGUGGAUUUCCUGUGCCUUUUCCAAGGGAAAUGCCUGGUGGUUCACAUGUCCCUGUACAUUCUCACGUGCCUCCUCUUUGUCGCAUCCUUGUUCAUUUCCACUGCAGUCAUCUACGUUAUGGCCAAUUUUUACAACCAGCAGUAGGAACUCACUAUGCUUGAAAGAAUUAUCUUCUUCUCUGCACUCUACUCCUUUCCCAUCAGCGUCUCCAAUUUCUUGAGGCACCUCGGCUACACUUCAAGGUGCUUUUCCUGCUCACCUGAAUCCACAGCAGCAUCAAACCUUUCAUCUACUUCUGGGUGGGGUGUCUCAGGUUAC